CCAAAAGGGGCCGCUAGAAUUUUCCAGCCAAUAAUAUUAGAUAAAAGCUAGGUAAAAUUCAAGGACAUUGAUAGAGGAGGGGACAACCUUGAUCUCAGUUUUUGUCUCAUAUGCUAUAUGUAUAGGUUAUAUAUAUAUAUAUACAUAUAUUCCUCUUGCUUAGAGGACCAAGGACAUGCUGGACCCCCACAUCUUGAGAAGUUAGAACAGAUAUUCUCCAAAAGUAGAAUGCUCAAACUUAAAAAGUAGAAAAAAGUGGUGAGUGGUCACAAGAUUUUUGGCGGGUCUUUCUUUUGAAAACAACCCCAAAUAGUUCGCAAGAACAGCCUAACUGUGACUCAACUGCUUCAAAUAUCACCAUCUUCUGUCAUAGCUUCCAACCUUCAAAAUCAAACAAUUCACACAGAGAGGGAGAGAGAGAGAGAGAGAUCAUUUUCCAGUAGACAAUGAUGAAGUGGGGAAGAGGGAAACCUUCUUCGCCUUCGCCCUCUCGUGAUUCUUCCAUUUCUCAUCAUGUCUUUCCAAUGUCCUGGCUUUCUAAGUUCAAGCAAAAGGGCAACAAUUCAGAGCCCAAACCCACUAAGGCAAAACCAAAUUUGGCGUGUCAGAGUAUGCCAACACCUACUAGUUUGAAAGAUGGUCGAUUCUAUGGCGGUGAUGAUGAUGAUUUUUACUGGAGGCUUUCAUUUGGAGAGGACAGAGUUGAAGGAGAGAAGAGCAAAUGGGGUUCGCAAUCAGAUCGGUAUCACUCAGACAACGAGAUGGCAGCCGUAUCAGAUACAAGAAAGUCAAGAGAAUUGACUCGAAAUGUUUUGCCAGAAAUUGUUACAUGUAAUGAAGUAGAAAAGGAAAGAGGGAGUGAAGAAUUUGAAGUGGUAAGGAGAAAAGCUGUGAAAGACCAGAAACUGAGAAAAACCAAGUUUGAAGCUUUGAACUUGAAGCAAAUUGAUGGAUUAUCUGAAACAAAACUAAGUUCAGAGUUGCAACAAUUGACGGAGAUGAACAUCAAACGACUAAUGUCAAUGAGUGAGAAACAGAGGAAAUCUGUUUACAUAAGCAGGAAAUUGCAGAGAAGAACCAAAAAAAGCGGUAGAGUCAGAGUUUAUUCACCUCGAAUGGUUGCCAAGAUUGAAUGCAAAGUCAAAGCUCUUGAAGACAUGAAGAAAGCAAAAAUGAAGAUGAAGAAGAUGACAAAGGAGAAAGCAGUUCAACAGAGAACGGCCUUUGACAGCUUCGCUGUGGUAAAAAGCUCGUUUGAUCCUCAGAAGGACUUCAGAAAUUCAAUGAUUGAGAUGAUCACUGCAAAAGGGAUCUGGAGACCAGAAGAGCUUGAGGAACUCCUGGCUUGUUAUCUAACAUUGAAUACUGAUAAAUACCAUGAUCUUAUAAUCAAGGUCUUCAAGCAGGUAUGGGUCGAUCUCAACCUGAAGCAUUUUGGAUCUGAGCGACAGAAUGAGCACCAUUUCUCUAUGAUAAACCACUUUUUAUCAUGAACACCCAAAAAAAAAAAAAAAAAAAAGAAAAA